GUGAUAACCAGCUCAUAUAAUUUCUUUGGUUAUUUGUUAGUUGUUUACUUUCUAAUUGUUUUGAAAUUAAAACUUUGACAAAGAAAUUGUUUAAAAUUUUUUGAAAUUCCAUUAUGUCCGUGGUUAAUAAUUUUUUUCUAUAAAAAAUUAUAAGUUAUUGUAAUGCCUAAUCACACAGUGCACACACCCCUGGGACUAAGGGUUGAUUUAAGUAUUAGUGUACCAGGGUGAUGAUGAAACGAAAUUCUUUUCUGUCAAAAUCACAUGAUGGGCAACGGCGUUCAAGGUGGGACAGAGCCCAGAGCGGAGGGGGCUACUCCUUGCUGGCGACAGACGAGUCCUCAGGUGACGGAGACCACCUCCCCCUCGAAAGCUUCAGGCAGGAGCUGUGUCUGGAAAAACAGCUACAACCGGGCGACACACUGCAAUCUCUUGCUUUGCAGUUCAACUGUUCGACGGCCGAGCUGAAGAGAGUCAACCGAAUCCUGAAAGAGAACGAGAUCUUUGCGCUGCGCGUGGUGAAGAUCCCGGCGCGCUGCUACUCGCUGCUGACGGAGCGGCUGCCGGGCGUGCACACGGCCGCCUGCUCCUCGGAGGGUCCCCAGGAUGUGUCGACGCAGCUCCACGCCCCCGGCGCUCCCGCACGGGACGUGCAGGCGGCAGGCGACGCCCCCAGCGUGACGUGCCUGGACGGCGCGCCUGAGCCGGAGGAGACGGACGCCUCAGCCGGCGGAGCGCGGCUCAACGGGGCGGACUGGGGCCUGUCCUGGCUCGCGCUGCUGCUGUGUGUCCUGGGGCUAGGCUUCGUUGGCCCGGUGCUGUAUGUGCUGUACAUCGCCCUUGCCGCGCACAGGAAGAACUGACUGCACGGUGCAGAGACAGCAGCUGCAGACAGUGUACCAGGACUAUGUACGUAGCCGAGCAGAGCAGUGCCUUGUCUUCCUUGGUGACUGGAAUAACGGUGUGUCUACUGGAUUUACCCAAGUGAGCUUUUUUAUUACCUGCGUGUUGUGUUGUUUGUAUUUAAAUAUCUUUUAGAAUAACUGUACAUAAAUAUUUUGUAAAUAGUAUUAUUGACUUGAAAGUCUCAAGAGCUUGGUAAAAUUCCAAAAAAAAAAAAAAUAUUGGACGUUCAAAAACUGAGUUAAACUUACUGCCCCUAAUAUUCCCUGUAAAAUGUUGGCGGCAAAAAAAAUCUAUAUUAGUCAAGAGGUACGGUUAGGAUAAAAUAAAAACCAAUUUUUAAACACAAUUUUAUUAGAUAUCAAAAAUGGACUAAGCAAUACAAAUUCCUUGAAGAAAGAAAAUUACAAAGAACUUGUGCUUUUUUUUUUGUAGUGGCUUUAACUUGGCAACACACAAGAACAAUAAAGAAAUACUUUUGGGACACAUUUUUCAUAAGGAAGGUUUGCAUCAAAUAAAAAGAUAGAACAGAAUACUUUGAUGUAACUUUAUCAAAGAUAGGUACGUAUAUAUAUACACGUAUGUAUUUCCAAAACAACUAAGACAAUACUUUAUCUUGCUUUACCAACAUUUAUAGGAAAUAUCUUGAUUUGAAAACCUUGAAAGAAUUAAAUAUAGUACUACAAUAAUAGAGCUAUAUGUUUAUUAUUGAACAUUGAAACUUUUGAUAGGAAUUUAUAAAAUGUCUGAACAAUUAUUGUUUCGAGCUGUAAUAAUCUUUUAACAACCAUACAAACACAAAACACACUUAUAUUUAUCCUGCUGAGUCCUAGCCAUCUCUCAUUCCCACAACUGAAACAAGCUCCUGUUUACACUCACUCGCGUGCCAACACUCCCUCUCUUCCGGCACCGUGGUGUGCGCGUGCGGUCAAGCUUCGGCUAGCCACCACACUAAGCACCAGCGGAAUGUUCUGGAGUCUACAAUCCAUGACGCAUUGUGUAUCCGUGGUUGUGCACUCAGUCAGCGCGAAGCCUUCUUUUCACAGACGAGAGAGUCAAACGCCCGGUCGUGCAUCUUUG